ACAGCACCCGCCCACUGAAGACAAGGAUGACAGCGGCUUGUGGGAAACAGCCUCUCUCACGAAGACUGACCAGGGAAUCUGGCAAGGAGGUCCGGGCAGGCUGUGUGAUCUGUGUAGAUGCUGUCUGGCUCUAGUGUCAUUUCUUGGCUAUGCCAGGAGGUGGGCUAGGACUCAUGUAUGGCCUGGAAAGAGACACGGAAGGCAGUGUAGGGCUGUGGCAACGGUGCCUAAACUAUCACCUUUGCACCCUGCACCCCUGUUAAGCUUGGUCAGUGUACCUCAGUGUACCCUUGCUUGCUCCAGCUACACACAAGAAGGCAGUGUCCCCAGGGAGGAGAUAGGGCCAGUGCAGGAAUAACUCUGAGAUGGAUGGUCACAAGGAGGCAGACACACAGUGUGGGGAAUGUGGGGGAGGAGGCAUGGGAACCCACACAGGGCAGUGUUGCUCCCCAAGAAGUUUAAGAUUGUAUCUUCAGGUCAACAGGUCCCCCGGGGUGGGAUGGUCCCAUGGCAUUGGGUGCCACAGAGUGGACUCGUGGCCUGUCCGCAUCCUGCUCCCCUCUAUGGGCAGCACGCUGGGCUCUGGGCCAGGUUGUGGCUGAGAUGUCCUACAUGACUCUACCUUGGAUUCCCCUGCUUCAGCUUCUCCUCCGGGCCAUAUGAAUGACAAGGCUGAGCUUGUGCCCGUGUGGAGGGCAGAGUCUGGGAAUGGAGUUCUGUCCUGCAUGGGAGGGGGGCUUUGGCUCUCAGAGCCUGAUGCAAGAAGGGGCUAGGUCACCCCCAGCUUUGCCUUCUCUGUGUUUCUGGGAGCCGUGCACACUAGCCCCUUGUCCCUGGUGCCGUGGGGUCAGACAGAAGGGCCAGGGGACCCACUGAUAGUGAAAGAGUUAACCACUGCCACUGGCUCCUUAUUGCAAGGAAACAAGCACUUCCCCUGCUGGGCGCCUGGCCUGGCCUGCUGCCCGGCCUACGCCGGGGCUGGACACUGGAAGUUCAAGUGUGUGGGCAGAUCUGUCUUGGCGGCACACACUUGAGGAGGGUAGGGGCUGCUGCUGCGCAUCUGUCUGUCUGUAAACCCAUCUGCGGGUCUGCCUGCUGUUUGUCUAUAAACUCAUCCGUCUGCCCACCUUUCUGUAAGUCUAUCUCUAUAUUAACAUCCACCAGACCUUCCUCUCUGUCCAGCUGUCUGGCUUAGAUGUCAAUCUAUCUGUUUGUCUGUCGGUUUUUCCCUCUGUCCAAUCAUCAGUGAGCUUGCCUCGGCAGCUUCUUGUCCAUCUAUCUGCCUGUCUGUCUAUCCAGCCUCUGGCCUAUCUGCCCGCUGGCCUCCCCUCCCCUCCUGGGCCAGAAAGCCAUGGCCCAGGGCCACAGGGCCACAGUCAGCCUGGUCUUCCUGGGGGUAGGGCUGGGGCUGGCCAUUGUCACUGUGCUGGCCAUGGUGCUCUCUCGCCAUCGUCCCUCCUGUGGCCCCCAGGCCUUUGCCCACGCCGCUGUAGCUGCUGACUCCAAAAUUUGCUCUGACAUUGGACGAGCCAUCCUCCAGCAGCAGGGCUCCCCUGUGGAUGCAGCCAUCGCAGCCCUGGUCUGCACGGGUGUUGUGAACCCCCAGAGCAUGGGCCUGGGCGGAGGGGUCAUCUUCACCAUCUACAAUGCAACCACAGGAAAGGUGGAGGUCAUCAAUGCCAGGGAGACGGUGCCUGCCACACAUGACCCGAGCCUGCUGGACCAGUGUGGAAAGGCCCUGCCACUGGGCACAGGAGUGCAGUGGAUCGGGGUUCCUGGGGAGCUCCGUGGCUAUGCUGAGGCUCACCGCCGCUAUGGCCGCCUGCCCUGGGCACAGCUGUUCGAACCCACCAUUACACUGCUCCGAGGGGGCUACCGUAUGCCCUCCAUCCUCAGCAAGUUCCUGAAUAGCAGCUUUCUGAGGCCUUAUUUGUAUGCGUCCACCCUGAGGCAGCUCUUCUUCAAUGGGACAGAAAUCCUGAGGCCUCAGGACCCAUUCCCAUGGCCUGCUCUGGCCACCACACUGGAGACUGUGGCUACGGAAGGGGCGGAGGCCUUCUACACAGGGAGACUGGGCCAGAUGCUGAUAGAGGACAUUGCCAAGGAAGGAGGCCAACUGACUCUCCAGGACCUAGCUGCCUUCCAGCCAGAAGUGGUAGAUGCCCUGGAGAUGUCUCUGGGAGACUACACCCUGUACUCACCACCACCGCCUGCAGGGGGUGCCAUUCUCAGCUUCAUCCUCAAUGUGAUGAGAGGGUUCAACUUCUCUGCAGAAUCGGUGGCCCAGCCGGAAGGGGAAGUAAACAUGUAUCACCACCUUGUAGAGACACUCAAGUUUGCAAGAGGUCAGAACUGGCGGCUGUGGGACCCCCGCAGCCACCCAGGGGUCCAGAAUGCCUCCCAAGAUCUGCUGGGGGAAGCUCUGGCCCAGCACAUCCGCCAGCAGAUUGAUGGCCGUGGGGACCACCAGCUCAGCUACUACAACCUGGCCGGGGCCUGGGGCCCAAGGACGGGCACCUCCCACGUGUCUGUGCUAGGAGAGGAUGGCAGCGCAGUGGCUGCCACCAGCACCAUCAACACACCCUUUGGAGCAAUGGUGUACUCGCCACAGACAGGCAUUCUCCUCAACAAUGAACUACUGGAUUUAUGCUGGAGACAGCAGCCAGUAUCCAAUGUCACUCCACAACCUGUUCCAGGUGAGAGGCCACCAUCAUCCAUGGUACCCUCCAUCCUGGUCAACAAAGCCCAGAGAUCGAAGCUGAUUAUUGGCGGGGCUGGGGGAGAGCUUAUCAUCUCUGCUGUGGUCCAGACCAUCAUGAACAAGCUGUGGCUUGGCUUUGACCUGGCAGAGGCCAUUGCAGCCCCUAUCCUGCAUGUCAACAGCAAGGGCCGUGUGGAGUAUGAGCCCGAGUUCAGCCAGGCGGUACAGAAGGGGCUCAAAGACCGUGGCCAGGGCCAGACCCCACGGUUCUUUUUCCUGAAUGUGGUCCAAGCCAUAUCCCAGGAGGGACCCUGUGUGUAUGCAGCAUCUGAUCGGAGGAAGGAUGGAGAGGCUGCAGGCUACUGAGAAGACAGCCUGGUUCACAGCCACAUUCACCUUCUUCCCCAGCUGGACAAAACCACGGCACCAAGAGCUCCAGUGGGACCCCAGGCUGUGGGGUCGACCAGGCAGCUGGAUGACUAUGGGGGCCUUGUCCCUUCCCCUUCCCCACAACCCCCUGUAGCCCUGCUCUGACUCCUUGGCCUUCUCCUGGCCUCUUGCUCACUCAGCCACACUGUAUACUUACCAGUGGGAAAUUAAAGAGGAACAAGACCGUGUGUUGAUUCCAUGGCUCUGAGUUGAAGAGGGAGUGCUCAGUGGGGUGCACAGCAUGCAUCUAUGAUCCUCUACAUACUGUGUGAAGGUGGGGAACUGAGGCUCCAAGGAAGCCUGGGUGUCACCUUUGGAAAGAGGUAAGCACCCCACCCCUACUUCACUCCAACCAGUGUUUGAAGGAGUUUAGUAACAUGCCUGUUUCCACACCUGCCCUCAUUGCCCAUGGACCCUUCUCUGGAUUUUGUUCUUAGGAAAAGACUGGAAAAGCUAGACCAGACACCCCCCCUCAGGCUCUGGUGCCCCAUGUUCUUGAGAUCAGGUUUUUUCAGCCCUGGCAAUAUUGACAUUUGGGGUGAAAAUGA